AUGGCUACUAGUAUCACCGUAUCUAAUACCGUCCCAUCGUCGGAAGUGAGCAUCAGUAUUUCCUGCAGGAACUUAUCAAAUAAAGAUGUCUUUUCAAAAUCCGAUCCAAUGGCGGUAUGUUAUGUUGAAAAUGCUAAUCGAAAAUUUGUCGAGUUUGGUAGAACAGAAUGCAUCAAGGAUACCCUCAAUCCAAUCUUUGUCAAAGCUUUUGUGAUGCCUUAUAUAUUUGAAGAAUGUCAAAGACUCCGUUUUGAAAUCUAUGAUGUCGAUUCCGCUUCCGCUCAAUUGAGUAAACAUGACUUUCUUGGCCACUUAGAGUGUACAUUAGCGGAAAUUCUUAGUCAUGGUGGAAGGAUAGAAAAGCCGCUUCAGGGUACUUCAAAUAAAAAGAAUACCAUCAUAGUUACUGCUGAGGAAUUAAAUCCCUGUAAUGAUAUAGUAACAUUAGCAUUUUGUGGUAAGCACUUAGACAAGAAAGAUUUUUUCGGUAAAUCUGAUCCAUUCUUGGUAUUAUAUCGACAAAAUAAUGAUGGCAGUUAUGUUGCUGUACAUAAAACCGAAAUAAUUAAGAAUACGUUAAACCCUACUUGGAAGCCAUUUACUAUUAAAGCAAGAAAGUUAUGCAAUGCAGACUAUACCAGGCCGCUAAGAGUUGAGUGCUAUGAUUGGGAUAGUGACGGCAGUCACGAUCUCAUUGGCAUUUUCGACGUGGUGUUGCAAGAACGUAGACAACAGAGCUUGCCGAUUACUUUCGAAUGUAUUAACCCGAAGAAAAAACAGAAAAAGAAAAAGUACAAAAAUUCUGGAGAAAUCCUAAUUACAAGACUACUAAUAGAAGAGCAACCCUCGUAUUUGGAUUACAUUCGUGGUGGACUACAAAUCAAUUUCACUGUCGGAAUUGACUUUACCGCUUCAAAUGGUGAUCCGAGAAAAUCAAAUUCGCUGCAUUAUAAUCGACCUGGCAAGCCAAAUGCAUAUAUGAAAGCUUUAGUAGCUGUUGGUGAAGUUUGCCAAGAAUAUGAUAGUGAUAAAAUGUUUCCAGCCCUUGGUUUUGGAGGACGUAUGCCCAAUGGUGUCGUAUCGCAUGAAUUUUUCUUGAAUGGCAGCCCUGAUGAUCCUUACUGUUCAACCAUACAGGGUGUACUAAAUGCGUACUUACUCAGUUUAAACUCUGUUCAGUUAUAUGGGCCUACCAACUUUGCCCCUAUCAUCAAUCAUGUUGCUCGGUUUGUAAAUAAUUAUUCUAUACAUGUGUACUACUGUAUUCUGUUGAUGUUAACUGAUGGUGCAAUAUCUGAUAUGGCCUUGACUAAGGAUGCAAUUGUCAGUGCUUCGCAUUUACCGUUAUCAAUUAUUAUUGUUGGCAUUGGAGAUGCUGAGUUUGAAGCUAUGGAAAUAUUGGAUGGGGAUGAUGAACGGCUGUCAUCGAGAGGAAGAUAUGCCGUCAGAGAUAUUGUACAGUUUGUCCCAUUUUCCAAAUUCUUAGUCAAUGGACAAAUUACCAACUCGGCUUCAGUUCAGCUGGCUAGAGAAGUACUUGCUGAAAUACCUGAACAAAUUCAAUCAUAUAUGAAGAUGAAUAAAGUUAAACCAAAUCUUCCUCCAGCUUAUCAAUCUUGA